CUGACAGGUACAUUUUGAGAGGGAUAUUUAAAUGUCAAAGUUCGUUUCUCGUCGGUUAGUUGCUUUCUCAUCGUGUCCCUUUUCAGUGUAGCUUUCUCGCGUGGUUUCUUUCCAGCAGUGACCGUGAUUAGCAAAUCGACACCUUUCAGUAGCGCACGUCGUAGUUCCAUCUUCGCCGCAAGACACUUCAGCUUGCAGCGUCCGGAAGCCAUCGCCUACUACCAACAACAGCAAGGGUAUCAGGCCACUUCGAAACGGAAUUUAACGGUUCUUCAGCAGUACAGUUUUUACUCGACCGCAUCAUUUUCAGUCGACGAGGAGAACGACGAUAAAUUCAGUGAAAUGGCUCCGAGAUUCGAACGUGACGACUACAAGAAGGAAUCGUACCGUGGCGUGAAGCGCACGGGAACGGAAUUCAAACGCCCGUCUGGCCGGGAUGGUCGUGACGGUGGUGGAUUCCGUGGAGGUGCCGGUGGAAGCCGCUUCGGUGGCUCAUCCGGCGGUGGCCGCGAGAAGUGGUCCAUGGAGUCAAAACCCCUCCAGAGAAUCAACUGGAGCAAAAUGCAACUGGCUCCGUUCAAGAAGGACUUUUAUCGCGAGCAUGCGUCUAUCAAGAAUCGCCCUCAGCGCGAAGUUGAUCGAUUCUUGGAGAAGCACGACAUUACACUAAUCGGAAAUUGUCCGAAACCAAUUACUGAAUUCGAUGAAAUUGACAUGCCGGACUACGUUAUGAACGAAAUUGAAAAGCAAGGUUUUCAAAGACCUACUCCGAUUCAGGCCCAAGGAUGGCCGAUUGCCCUCAGUGGCCAAAACAUGGUUGGCGUAGCCAAAACCGGUUCCGGUAAAACACUUGGAUACAUGCUUCCAGCAAUUGUUCACAUCAACCACCAGAAGCCGGACCCGAAUAUUCGGGGCCCUCUGGUUCUUGUUCUUGCCCCAACCCGCGAGUUGGCCCAGCAGAUUCAACAAGUUGCGACUGAUUUUGGAUCAUCGUCGUACGUUCGAAAUACGUGCUUGUUUGGAGGCUCCAGCAAGGGACCCCAGGCUAGCGAUUUGCGCCGUGGUGUUGAGAUUGUUAUCGCAACUCCCGGUCGUUUGAUUGAUUUUCUUGAAACUGGCACUACCACUCUUCAACGCGUUACCUAUUUGGUGCUGGACGAAGCCGAUCGGAUGCUGGACAUGGGCUUCGAGCCACAGAUUCGUAAGAUUUUGGAACAAGUUCGGCCUGAUCGUCAGAUUCUGAUGUGGAGUGCCACUUGGCCGAAGGAAGUGCAGCGUUUGGCCCGAGACUUCCUCGGAGAGUACGUCCAGAUUAACGUUGGUUCGUUGGAAUUAUCUGCUAAUCACAACAUUACACAAUACGUGAAAGUCAUCGAGGAACACGAGAAAAACGAAGAGCUUGGAAAACUAUUGGACAAUCUACAUUCCCGAGGACCCGCCGGAAAAAUUCUGAUCUUUAGCACUACCAAACGCAAGUGCGAUCAAAUCACCAGCUAUCUACGCCGUUACGGCCAGGACGCAGUUGGCAUGCACGGUGACAAGAGCCAGCAGGAACGCGAAAGGGCUCUGAACCGUUUCCGUAACUCAAAUAGUUGCAUCUUGGUCGCCACCGAUGUCGCUGCCCGUGGACUAGAUGUCGACGGUAUCAAGGUGGUCAUCAACUACGACUACCCGCAGCAAACGGAGGACUACGUGCACCGCAUCGGUCGUACUGGCCGGUCCAAUGCCACCGGAGAGGCGUACACGUUCUUCACGUCGAACGAGCGCAAGAUGGCCAAGGAGUUGGUUUCGAUCCUGGAGGAAGCCAAACAGGACGUGCCCCCGGAGUUGCUCAAGUGGCGUCACAUGGGCGGCGGUGGCAUCAACCGCUACGGCAGCGGCGGUGGCAACCGAUUCGGAACAUUCAAGGGCGGACGUGACUUUGGUCGCGGUGGUGGCGACCGGUACGGAGGCGGAGACCGUGGUGCGAAGCGAUCGUUCGGAGGUUCAAGCUAUGGAGGCUCGUCGUCAAAUGGCUACAGUGGAAGUUCGAAUAGCUACGGAAGUAGCUCCAGUAGCUAUCGCAACGGCUCUAGUGGAGCUAGCAGUAGUACGAAGCAUAUAAAGUUUGACGAUUAAAUACGUCACAUUUGUGCUGUACUUUGUCUCAUCUCUACUAGAUUUAGUCUAGGCUACUCGUCUUAUCUCUAAUCUUAAUGAUAAUCUAUUUAAUUCAAACAAAUCAGCCGUAAGAGAAGUAUUGUUUUUUUAGUUGAUUUAUGUUUGCAGUUUUAUACUGCAGAACACGAAAGAUGCGAAUUAGUUUUUUUUAAUUUAGAUUAGAGAAAGUGAAUUUCCACCCUCCGAAGUUUAAAACAAAAAUCGAUCGCGCACCGGAGAAAUUCGGGAAGAAGAUAAAAAUACUUACAAAUCCUAAUUGCUGUGAUAUAGCAUCAGUCGAGUAUCACGUUCGUAACAAUCGGUUUGAUGGGUUUAAAUUUUAAUUUAAAAAGGCAAUCAUUUACCAAAAAAAAAAAGGAUUAAUAAACCAAGAACUACAGCAUCCAUCCGCUAACUGGGCUAAAACAUCAGUCCAGUUAACGAGCGUCGCUUUUUAACUGGGCUGUCGAGGGGAUUUACGAUUCAUUGUUGUGAUCAAUAUUUUACAUGGAACGACCACAAUAUACCAUUUAGACUCCCCUCGCAGCCUAGUGUUUGUUUUUGUUUUUUGACGGAUAACUGCUUUUUAACUGGGCUUUGGCCCAGUUAGCGAACGCCCAGUUAAAAAGCAGUCCAGUUAAAAAGCGCCCAGUUAGCGAACUGUUGCUGUAUUAGUAAACAGGCCUUUGUUCGGAUUGAUCCGUUCGAUACAAGAGCGGUGACAUUCCAGUGUAUUUAAUGAUAGCACACCACGAGGUUGCUCGAUGAAGAAAUAAAAUAAAUAUCAGUUCACUUUUCAAUAAA